AUGCCUGGCCAAGAGUUCACGGGAAAUGCUUUCGUCACCGGCGGAGCUAGCGGAAUUUCGAAAGCCGUCUGCGUGGCGCUUGCGCGACGCGGGGUACGCGGGCUGGUGAUAGCGGAUAUCAACCUUGAUCUGGCGAUGAAGGCGGCCGCGGAAUGCAAAGCCGUCGCCAUAAACCCCGAGUUCCGCGUGGAGGCUUACCAACUCGACGUGUCGGAUCCGGAGUCCGUCCAGAAUGCCAUCGACCGCAUGGCGGAGACUUUCGGGCGCAUCGACUACGUCGUAAACGGAGCUGCUGUUCUGGGAGAGUACAACGAGGUAUCAGAGACGGGCCUGGACACGUUGAGGAGGACGUUCGACGUCAACGUACAAGGGUCUUUUCUAGUCAUAAAGGCCGCCACGAAGGUCAUGGCCGCCCAAAAGCCUAUAGUCAUCGACGAAGCCCUUCCGGCCCGGGGUGUUUCCCGCGGAGUUAUUGUGAACAUUGGCUCGGUCGUUGGCCUUAUUGGCCUACCGAAAAUAGUUCAAUGCGUUGCCUCCAAGCACGCGGUAAUAGGUUUAACCAAGACUGCAGCUAUUGAUAACAUCAAACACAACAUUCGCGUUAACUGCGUCUCGCCGUCGUGGGUGGAUACCCCUGUAGUGCAAAGUGCCAUUAAGGGCGUCCCGACGUUAGAGAAGGUCAUUUCUUCCCACAUGCCGAUGGGUCGCAUGGGGAUCCCAGAGGAGAUUGCGGACGUGGUUCUCUUCCUAUGCAGCCCGAGUUCAAGUUGGGUCAACGGUACCAACUUCGUGGUUGAUGGGGCUAUGACAGUUGGUCCCUGCAGUCCGGAUAUGUGA